UCUUUCAAAGCGUAUUUUCCGGUGUAAAGUGUAAUGUUGCAGAUAUUUUGGCAGCGUUAUUGACUGUGCAUCUGAUAGCUUUGUGUUUAACAGCGGUUUCGGAUGAAUUUGAUGGUAAAAAAAAAUUGUCUCUGUGGUAUGUGUUUGCGGAAUAUGCACACCCGGCGAAAUCCAAACUCCACACAGCGGCUUGUUCACACUGCUUGUUUUGAUUGUUGAUUACAGUAACCCCAUUCAAUGACCCCAGCCCUCUAUAGGCCUACACCAAAAUAACCAUGAAAAGUCGAACACUCUUGUUUAUAUUGCUAAAAAAAAAUGAAUAAAAGUCCACAAAAAUGCCAUCCAAAAGACAUAAGUACUUAAAUUUUUGAAGACAAGGGGCACUUACAAGUUGCACAGAGUUUCGUAUCAGUACAUAUUUCUGAUUUAUUUCUGGCACUUCUGGCUACCAUGCUGUCUGCACUUAGUGGGGUUGAUAGGGUAGCAUGCGGAGGUGAUCUGAAAACCUAGCUCUUUGAUAGGAACAGAAGUUAUGAAAUGAACAAAAUCAUAGCUGCAUGACCAUUUGAUCAGAGUGAAGUUAAGUGCCAGUGUAGAGCAGAAUAUCCCUAGAGUCUUUGGUGGAGGAGUUGGCAGGUUUUCAAAGUGGUGUUAAGAUCUGGCAGCAUUAGGUAUUUGCAUGUUGGCAUCAAAAUGUUACAAAGAAAUAAAUCAGAAGUUGUUAUCCAUAUACAAACGUAGAGGAAUCUAUGGAGAAAUGAGGGUAAAACCAUUUGUUUCUUAGUUGUAUGUAGCUAAGAGGAACUGUAGCUAAGCUAUCCUGAUAUGUUGAUGAACCACUUGUCAUAUAAAUGGUGGAGAUGCUGUACUGAGGUGGCAGUGUGGAGAGUAGUAGUGAGAGUAUAGUUCCAAUUUAAACUUUCAGUUUAAGAAAGAUUUCCUAUAAUCAUUUAACAGUGAUGACGUAUAUUUCAUAUGUUCAGGGAUUUUUAGUCAUUCAAACGUGUAGAUUGUGAGAUCUUUUUGAUUUCAGGAUGACUUUAUUUGUAGUUUUUGUUAAGGCUUAUAGGAUUUCAGAGGCACUUUAAUUCUUCAACUUUUUUGCAUGUUUACAAGCUGUUUAUUCAAGCAUAUUCUGAAGGCAUUAUUCUGUGUAGACUGAUAAAAUUAUACUUUUUGUGAAGCCCUGAAAUUGGCCAACCCAACCAGUGUAAUUUUGUCCCCAAAUCAAAUCAAAGGAUGCAUAAAUUGAAUUGAAAGUUCAGUACUUUUAACUUUUGUUUAAUAUCAACAUUGUACAAUUUUUCCAGAAGUGCCUUAGAGCACAUAAAACGUAUGGAAACACAAUACACAAAUUGACCUAAAAAUUUCAACAUAAAAGAGGCUUUUUGGAAAUUAAUGUAAUGAGAUAUUACUUCUGGUGCCAAAAUUUACAUUUUCCUGGUAGGAUAUCACCCUACCUUCCAAACACCUCUCAAAGCACCUUUCUAAAAUCAAUACAACUUGCGGAAUCUGGAAAAGUGAGCAAUUUAGUCAUGAACGAAAUUUUAGGUUAUUUAGGGUACUGUAGUUUAAAUGGGGAAGAAGGUAUGCUUUAUAAUAGAGCUCUCCAUGAACAGAUGAUAGCUUAGACACACAUGUAAUAUCACAUACAGCAUGAACAUUCUUCUUUCCCAGGUAAGACUUUCAUUUUCAUGUAAAUCAACGUAACUUCAGUAGAUUAUUUACUUUGUCAAUUUGCAGACCAUUAACUUUUAAUAUUGACAGGAUACUGGCAACACGUCUUUUGUUUUUGAGAUUGUCCAGUCAGGAAAUUAUUAGUUUUAUUUCCUUAAAUCUUUAUUUUUUUUGCUGAACACCAUCGAUGUAUAAAUAUGUUGAAGAUUGGAAUUUGAGGUUGUUUCAGCUUCAGAUAUGUGUUGAAAAAAAAAAACAGUACAUGCGGUAAAGUGUCCUCAGUAUAAAAUUCAAGAUCACGAUCAGAUUUUAUUUCACGAUCAGUCAUUCAGAUAAAUGUUAAACAAGAGUGAGUGAGUGAGUGAGUGUGUGAGUGCUUGGGGUUUAACGUCGUACUCAACAAUUUUUCAGUCAUAUGACGACGAUGUUAAACAAGAAAGGACCAAGACUUGAAUCUUGGGGGAACCGCAGAUAUUAAAUUCAGAUACCAGGAUAAGUUUUUAUUAACAUUGAUUUAUUGUUACGUAGAGCCUAGAGAAGAUAUCUAUCAUAAAAUAUUGUCAGUGAAGCUGUGGGUAUUUAAAUAUUUUGAAAGUAAGGUGUGAUCAAUUAGGUCAAAUGCUUUUUUGAAAUCGAUCACCACUGAACCAGUUAUAAACUCAUCGUUAUUAAUAACUCUAAGGAACUGCUGGUUAUAAUUUCUACAAGUCUAGACAAUGAUAGAAUUUAUAGUUGAGUGCUGAUACAAGUACAUGGUGAUGACACUGUGUGGAGGAUAAUAUUUGAUGAAAAGGUGAUACGACACGACUGAGUGGGUGAUACGACACAACUGGAUGGAGGAUAAUGCUUGAUGGGUGAUAUGACACAACUGGAUGGGUGAUAUGACACAACUGGAUGGAGGAUAAUGCUUGAUGGGUGAUAUGACACGACUGAGUGGGUGAUACGACACAACUGGAUGGAGGAUAAUGCUUGAUGGCUGAUAUGACACAACUGGAUUUCCUGCUGUGUCAACAGUGUGGACAUGAUGUAGUGAGAUUUGACAGCGUGGUCAGCAUCCCCAGUAUUCUGUCUUAUCGUCAGAGAAAUGAUAGUAUUCAUGGCAAAGAUAAAGUACUCAUACAACUUUUUAGAAAUCCACAAGGUAGCCAUUUUGAAGUAAUCACAUCAAAAGAUGCCGAUGUUUUAAAGGUUGACAAGGCGUACAGUGAAGACAGCUGGUUCCCAGGGUUUACAUGGACCAUAGCUGUGUGUCCUCGCUGUGGAACUCAUUUAGGCUGGGUGUUUGAAGCAGUGGAAAAUUAUGUACAAAGUGAUAAGAAAAGUUUUGUGGGCUUGAUCUUGGACAAGUUACUACAUCAAAACUAUGCUGAGUCAUUGCUCAUCAUCCCCAAGUCCUACAAAAGCUGAUAUGAGAAGUUUGGAGAAAGAAUGCACCAUUUGUUAAAGUUUAUUUUUUGUAACUUACUGUCAUGUUGACAAAGUGCUUAUUUCAUGAACAUUGUUGUAAUGUCGCUGGUAAGGAAUCUCAUUGUGCAUUGUCCAUGGUGGAGAGUGGUACAGUAGAUAAAAGUCCAUGUUGGCAAAUGUGUUUAUUCCCAUUUCCUCUCAUAAGCUUCACAAGCUAAAGUAGAGUACUGUGGCAACUCCAUCAAAAGUUGCAAGGAUGUACAAGAUUCUUGAAAAUGGUUUAAAUAAAACCAAAAUAUUGAAAUAUAGUUUUACCGUUGGCAAGAGGAGAUUUAGAAGUAUAUAACCCUGAGCCAUGAUGACAUGAAAGCCAAAUUCUGCAAUGCAUUUUGUGACAUGAAUUGCAGUAUAUCGAAUAUAAUUUCAUGCAAUUUUUUAUGUGGUCAGCCCAGUGUCAUACAUGGUGUUCUUGGCAUGGUGUUCCAGUGAGGCAGCACUGUGAGUGUUGGUACUCAGGGCCAUAUCUAAAAACAACUUGAAGGUUUUGUCCCCAAACUUUGAAGGUGACAUUGUGGUCGUGCAUAAAGACAUACUACAAAAUGUAGCUCAAAUUGAUGCUUUCUGAGAGCUUCUAAGUCUGCGAAUAAAAGAAAUUUGUAUGAAAACUGAAUGUUUUUUUAUUGGUAAACCAUCAUAUUUUUAAUUCAAUUUACAAAUCAGUUUUAAUACAGUCUUUUAUACAAAGCACCAGCUGUUUUCUUGGGAUUAUUCAGUCUUAUGGGAGAUUGCCCACUUUUUUGAUUACUUUUUUGAUUACAUAUUAACUGUAAGUAUACUGGGAGUGUAAAACUCAGUCGGCUGAUGCUGUCUCCAGGCAUGAGAUUUGUCUUCUCUUUGGAGGAAUUCCUCUUUAUUUAUACAAAAAAUGCAUCAGAAAAAGGUUCAGAGUUCAAUUCAGAAAUGCUAAAAAUGUCCAAAUUAUGAGUACGAUAAAUAGUUUCAUCUUUGUCAUCCCAGUGUCUGUUUCAUCCCCGUGUCUGUCUCAUCCCAGUGUCUGUCUCAUCCCCGUGUCUUUU